AUGACUCCCUUUUUCGAGCCAUUCGAUCUUCCAAACUCUCGAACUGUUCAUGGCCACUCAUUCCCACUAGGUUUGAAAGUAGCACCGAGCUCCCAAGCUGCAUCCCUCGCAGAAACCACCACGAAGAUCAAGCAACUUGCCGCCGACGGCGUAAUCAGGGAUCUUCUCACCAAACAUGGUGCAAUCCUCUUCCGCAGCCUCCCCAUAAAGAACUCCACCGACUUCUCCGAAUUCACCGAGGCGUUCAACUUCAAAAACCCCCAUCAGGAAGUCGGCCUGUCGGGCAAACGAUCCGUCGUUGAGAAGAACGUAAAGACAGCCAGCGAAGUCGCGCCGGAUAAGAAGUUCUAUUAUCAUAACGAGUAUGCGCGCAGUGCGCAUCAUCCGGAGAUUAUCUUCUUUUAUGCGCAGAUUGUUCCUGAGAAGGGUGGCCAGACUCCGCUCCUGUCUUCUCUCGAGCUGUAUGAUCGAGUUAAGACGGAGAUUCCAGAGUUCUACGAUGAAUUGGUUGCUAAAGGGAUAAUCGGCCAGCAACACUACCCAUCCCCAGACGACCCAGACUGGCGAGAAAUCGGCUGGAAUUGGAAGGACUCCUACGGCUUCACGAUCCAAGAAACCGACUCCCUCGCCACCCAGCGUCAAAAGGUCGAAGACGUCCUGCACAAAUACCUCGGCGCCACUGCCUCCUGGCAACCCGACGGAUCGCUCCACGUCCUGCAACAUCUCCCCGCCAUCCGACGCGUCGAGUCCACCGGAAAAGGCACCUUUUUCAACGGCCUCGCGGGGACGUACGGCAACGCGAAAGACAACGGGGCGCUGGAGCCGCCGCAUCGGAAUAGCAACGGCGUUGGGUUUAAACUGCCGACGCUGUUUGGCGAUGGGAGUCCCAUUCCGCAUGUGUAUCAUGAGCGGCUGAUCGAGUUGCAAGAUCGGAUUGGGUUCCUGGUGCCCUGGGAGGAGGGGGAUGUUGCGUUGGUGAAUAAUUUUACGGUUGCGCAUGGACGUACGCCUUGGGAAGGGAAACGGAGGCUUUUGGUGAGUUUGUGGGAUGAUGUUAAGGAUUAUAAGGAUUAUUGA